AUGGGCUCCAGCCCCGGAACCGUUUUCAUUGUCCUCCGCUGGGCUGUCUCCACUGCGCCCUCUCACCUGGCCCGGCCCGUCCCUCUGCCCCCUGCGGCCCGGCCCUCCCACCGUGCUCUGCAGUGCUGCCUCCCUCGGCCCGGUCGCUUGCAAUCGGAAAGCUGCCGACGCCGUCUGGCCUUCCAGGAGCUGCCAGGUGCACCCAUUGUGCCAGUUGUCCAGACCCGGUUCAGCGAGGAGCCGGAGGACCAGACGGUGGUGGCCGGGCAAAGGCUGGUCCUGUCCUGCGUGGUGCUGAACUACUCCGGGAUCGUGCAAUGGACCAAAGAUGGCCUGGCGCUGGGCAUGGGGCAGGGACUGAAAGCCUGGCCGCGCUACCGGAUCAUCGGCACAGCGGAAUCCGGGCAAUACAACCUGGAGAUCACCGACGCCGAGCUCUCGGAUGACGCCUCGUACGAAUGCCAGGCCACGGAAGCGGCGCUGCGCUCCCGGCGGGCCAAGUGCCGCAGAAAGAUCUGCAAGUCCAAGACAAAGCUCCGGGACCAGGGAGUCUGGUCCCCCUCCACCCGCUCUCACCGGCCGCGAUGUCCUGGGUGUAUUGUGGGCAGCAGAGGGCGCGGAGUCUGCCAGCAAAGCCUCCUGCCUGGACCUGAGCCAACCCGGCACUCACCGGCCUCUCUCUCUCCUCUGCCGCUAGUUCCCCCCGAGGACCCGGUGAUCGACGGUGCCCCCGAGAUCCUGCUGCGGGCGGGCACGCCGUACAACCUGACGUGCCGGGCUCGCAGCGCCAAGCCCGCCGCCACCAUCGUCUGGUUCCGGGACGGGCUGCAGCAGGAGGGAGCCAUCGCCAGCACGGUACGGGGCCCAGCCGCCCAGACUUUGCCUGUGCCCAGGACACGAGGCUGGAAGCAAACGAGCCUCUCACUAUGUCUUCCCUUCCCCCCCCCCCAGGGGGAGGAGCCUCUCGCUGUGUCUUCCCCCCCUCAGGGGGAGGAGCCUCUCGCUGUGUCUUCCCCCCCUCAGGGGGAGGAGCCUCUCGCUGUGUCUUCCCCCCCUCAGGGGGAGGAGCCUCUCGCUGUGUCUUCCCCCCCUCAGGGGGAGGAGCCUCUCGCUGUGUCUUCCCCCCCUCAGGGGGAGGAGCCUCUCGCUGUGUCUUCCCCCCCUCAGGGGGAGGAGCCUCUCACUAUGUCUUCCCUUCCCUCCCCACCAGAGGGAGGAGCCUUUUGCUGUUUCUGCCCUGCCCUCCCACAGGGGGAGGAGUCUAUCCUCGGAUCUGCUCUCCCUCCACCCUCAGAGGGAGGAGCCUCUCGCUGUGUCUGCCCUCCCCCCCCUCCCGGGGAGGAGGGGAUCCUCGGAUCUGCUCUCCCUCCCCUCCAGGGGGAGGAGUGUUUCAUUGUCUGCACUCUCUCCAGGUGGGCCAAAGGCGGUGUGAUCAUUGAGGAAGCCAAGGAGAGCAAGUAUGAGACGCAGGUGGAUUAUUCCUUCUUCACGGAGCCCGUCUCGUGCGAGGUGCACAACGACGUGGGGAGCACCAAUGUCAGCACGCUGGUGGACGUGCACUUCGCCCCUCGGAUCGUGGUGGACCCCAAGCCCAUGACCACUGACAUCGGCUCGGACGUGACGCUGACGUGUGUGUGGGCCGGCAACCCCCCGCUGACCCUCACCUGGACCAAAAAGGAAUCCAACAUGGUGCUCAGCAACAGCAACCAGCUGUACCUGAAGUCAGUGACGCAGGCCGACGCGGGGCAGUACGUCUGCAAGGCCAUCGUGCCCCGGAUCGGCGUGGGCGAGCGGGAGGUUGCCCUCUUUGUCAAUGGCCCCCCGAUCAUCUCGAGCGAGGCCGUGCGUGGCGACCGCGGGAAGGUGGAGUGUUUCAUCGGGAGCACGCCGCCCCCUGACCGCAUCGCCUGGGCUUGGAAGGAGAACAUCCUGGAAGCUGGCACGCUGGAGCGCUACACGGUGGAGAGAACCAACACGGGCAGCGGGGUUCUCUCCACCCUGACCAUCAACAACGUGAUGGAGGCCGAUUUCCAGACGCGCUACAACUGCACAGCCUGGAACAGCUUUGGGCCAGGGACGGCCAUCAUCCAACUGGAGGAGAAAGAAGUCCUGCCUGUGGGUAUCAUUGCCGGAGCCACCAUCGGAGCCAGCAUCCUCCUCAUCUUCUUCCUCGUCGCCCUGGUCUGCUUCCUCUACAGGCGCCGCAAAGGAAGCCGUAAGGACGUCACCCUGCGCAAGCUGGACAUCAAGGUGGAGACGGUGAACCGGGAGCCCCUGACGCUGCACGCGGACCGCGAGGAGGACACAGCCAGCGUCUCCACGGCAACCCGCGUCAUGAAGGCCAUCUAUUCGUCGUUCAAGGACGACGUGGACCUGAAGCAGGAUCUGCGCUGCGACACCAUCGACACGCGGGAGGAAUACGAACUCAAGGACCCGACCAACGGCUACUACAACGUCCGCGCCCACGAGGAGCGCCCGUCAUCCCGCACCGUGCUCUACCCCGACUACCGCACCCCGGGCCCCACCCGCUACGACACCCGCCCCUCCUCCCGCCUCUCCCACUCCAGCGGCUACGCCCAACUCAGCACCUACAGCCGGGGGCCCCCCACGGACUACAGCACCGAGCCGGCCCCGGGGCCCCCGCCAGGCCCCGCCGCAGGCGAGACGGCCAGCCAGCUCUCCUACGAGAACUACGGGGGGCAUCCCGCCUUCCCGCCCAGUGCCGGCUACGCCACCUACCGCCUGGGCUACAGCCAGCCCCCCCCGCCCAGCCUGGACCGCGCCCCCUACGACGCCUACGACCCCAUGAGCAAGUACGCCAGCGCCACCCGCUUCUCCUACACCUCCCAGCACUCGGACUACGGACAGCGCUUCCAACAGCGGAUGCAGACUCACGUCUGAAGGACCUGGGGGGAGGGGGCGACGAUCCUCACCGGGGACAUGCAGGAGGUGGGGGGGGUCGCAGGUACUUUGUGACUGUCCUCUGAUAUUCAGGGGCUUUUCCGUGCCCGCCCCCGCCCGGCAGCCGGAUUCCCAGUCUGCCCGGUGACUGCACCCCUCUCCGCCCUGCAUUCACGGGGCCUUGGCAUCCAGCUGUCUCCUCUUCCGCCAUCUGAGCUUCCAGCCAGCUGCCCCUCCUGGGGUCUCCAUUCGUCCUUUUCAGCCCGUGGCUCCGGGCGCCUGACUGCAAGGAAAACAGAUGGGGGGGGGGAGCCUGUGAAGCCCCUCACCCUGCCCCGGUCCUGCCCAGCUCUGCUCCCAGUGGGCUGGAGGCCGGCUAAGGAGCGCUGGUAGCUGCAGGAGGAGAACCCCUCCCUCUCCCUGGAUCCCCACCCCCCACCCCAUCCUGCUCCAAGCGAGACUCUGGAAACUUGCCCCGGGCUGUGCUGGGCCGACCCGAUUUCUUUGCCACGCGUUGGAUCUUUCAGGGGAGACGGGACGCGAGCUGACCCCAGGCCGGGGGUGAAAGGUUGUGAAGGGGGGGGGGUUGGGGGGCAGCGAAGGAGCCAGGGUCAAUGGCAGGGGGGGAAGCAGAAGGCAGACUAGGCUGUGCAUGCUCCCAGGAGAUCCCUGGAGUCUGCAGCUGGCUCCUGUGCGCCUCCUCCCCUAGGAAGUGGCAGAGUUGUAGUGCCACGGGCUCCCAGGGCCCCUGGCAUGCCACGGCGGGCAUGGCGGAUGCUGCAAGGGGUGAGGCGCCUGUCAGCUAGCAGGCCGGAUAACCCCGCCGGAGCCAAUCGGCCAGCCCAGGAGUAAACCAGCCCCCGAAUGGGCAAAGGGCUCUGAUCCAGCCGGGCCCUGAACCUCCUCCGUGCCCGUGUUCCCUGUACACGGAGCGCGUGGGCGGCCACCAGGAGAGAUUCCAACCCCACCCAGCCUGAUUGGCAGAGGCAACAGGGGGUUCUUCUGGUGGUGCACAUCUGCACAGGCCUCUUCACAGAACAAAAUUUAUUCUGCACACAGGGGGUUGCAGGGGGUGGGGGGAAUGGGAAGGAACGUUGCUCAGUGCAGGAUCAGGUAUUAAUGUGGAAAACCAGCCUGGAGCAAUGGCUCUGGACCUAGUCCUUACCUGGGACCCCCAUCCAAUACCAGAGCCCCCACUUCCAUGCAGUCACCCUGUGGCCGAUGGUGGCAUCUCUUGUCCCAUAUCCAGGUCCCUUAAACCAAUACCAGGCUCCCUCUUCCCUGCCAGCCCUACAUCCAAGUGCUUCCAUUCACAACAGCACAAGCCAGACCCUGGCCAGUCAAUAGCCCUCGGGGAAGCUGGGACCCCUUGCUGCUCACACCCCACAUUGUCUCCCUCCCCCCCAUGGGGUCCCUCCUUGAGACGAAAGCAGGUGGCCAGGGGGCUCUGAUCUCUUCCCCACAAGCUUGUCCGUCCAGGGCUGAGCUGGCUCCGUCCCCCGUCCCUAGCACUUUGAAUACGUUUGCUUCGGUUUAUGUUGGGGGGGGGGUAUAUACAUAUAUUUUAUAUUGGGGGAGGGUUGGUUGUUUUCCUCCGAAAGGGCCGAUUGGAAUCCUGCCUCUUCCGCCACUUCCUGUGCCUUUGUCGUUCAGCUUCCUUUGAGCCGUCCACGGUCGUGGUUGAACUGCGCGAAGGGGAUGGGGGCAUUCAGUGUUUUAGGGGACCCAGGGCGGGGCAGCCAGAGGCUCAUGUCACCCUGCCAUGCAUGGGCCCUGCCUCUGCAAAAACAUGGUCCUCAGUUUGCAGGCAGGGCUUCCCUGGUAGCUUGAGGGAUGGAGAGCUGUGCUUUUAAAACUCAAGGUUGUGAGUUUGAAUCCCUGCAGAUGCAGCCUCUAUUGGUGACACAGCCUUUCUAGAGCUGCCUUUUGAUUUCCUAGCCUCGUUGUUUUGGCGAGGGGCAUCCUUCCGGCUAAAGUAUCCCAGCAAAACUGCCCCUCCCCGCCCCCCCGCUGCUCCACAGUCAUGCCCAGCUUGCGCCUCAAAACACUGCUCUCCCUCCUGGCUGGGCAGUAGAGUUGCCAGAUACCUUCACCAAAAAUCCCGAACAGGCAGGGAAAAA